CGGGUCACGGCUCGACCAUUUCACCUCGCCAUCCGCUGCUCCGGUCGCACAAGCCGCGGCGCCCCAACGCGUCACUGCUUACCUAACCCAACCCGACCCGACCCAACCAGAACCGCGCACUGGCUGUCACCGCCCCGCCCCGCCUCCGCGCUGCUGCCCGCGCUCGAGGCCCACGCCGCAAUCUAGCCUUCUGGAAAUUUCCGCCAAUCCGAUUCCGAGAGCGAGAGGAAAUUCUCCCUGCCCCGGCCACCAACCAACCAAACCACGAGCAAGCAGCCGCGAGCCGCUUCCCCCGGAUCACACCGGGCAUGCGCCGCGCCUCCGCCGCCGCAGCAGCCUGAGGAGGAGGAGGAGGAGGAGGGGGAGGGGAGGCUGGUCUCGGGGAGGGUUUGGGGGGGGGGGGGGGGGGGGGGGAGGGGAUGGAGGCGGGCGGCGGGGGCGCGUCCUCGCUGCCGCCGUUCCUGAGCAAGACGUACGAGAUGGUGGACGACCCAGCCACGGACGCCGUCGUGGCGUGGACGCCGCCGGGGACCAGCUUCGUCGUCGCCAACCAGGCCGAGUUCUGUAGGGAUCUGCUCCCCAAGUACUUCAAGCACAACAACUUCUCCAGCUUCGUGCGGCAGCUCAACACCUACGGCUUCAGAAAAAUUGAUCCUGAGCAAUGGGAGUUUGCAAAUGAGGAUUUCAUUAGGGGACAACGGCACCGUCUGAAAAAUAUACAUAGGCGCAAGCCCAUAUUCAGUCACUCAUCACACAAUCAGGCUUCUGCACUGUUGGCAGAUAAUGAAAGGCGGGAAUAUGAAGAGGAAAUUGAGAAGCUCAAGUGCGAGAAUGCAGAUCUGAUCUCAGAGCUUGAAAAGAAUGCGGAAAAGAAACUUGAUAUGGAGAGACGAAUGCAGGAGCUGGAGAAUAAGUUGAUAUUUUUGGAGGAUCGGCAAAAGAAUCUGAUAGCAUAUGUCAGAGAUAUUGUACGGGCACCAGGAUUUCGCUCUAGCUUUGUGCAGCAACCUGAUCAUCACAGAAAGAAAAGGAGACUACCAAUACCUGUUUCUCUCCACCAAGAUGCAAAUACCGAGGGGAAUCAGAUUGUGCAUGGGGGCUUAACGAACCCACCAGUUUGCAGAGAAUCAUUUGACAAAAUGGAGUCUUCCUUGAACACAUUGGAGAAUUUCUUUCGAGAAGCAAGUGAAGCAUUUGAUAUUUCAUAUGAUGAUGGUGUCCCGGGACCUUCAUCAGCCGUUGUUAUCACAGAGCUACAUUCAUCUGGAGAAAGUGAUCCCCGUGUACCCUCACCUCCGUCAAGGAUGCAUACCUCUUCAGCUGGUGCAGGAGAUUCACUCUCAAGGAUGCAUACCUCUUCAGCUGGGGCAGGAGAUUCACUCUCAAGGAUGCAUACCUCUUCAGCUGGGGCAGGAGAUUCGCUCUCUUCUCAUGACGUAACAGAGUCAACUAGCUGCGCAGAAAGUCCUCCCCUCCCUCAAAUGCAGUCCUGUACAGAUUCACGAGCUAAGGUGUCUGAGAUAGAUGUUAAUCUGGAGCCUGCUAUUACAGAAACUGGUCCAUCAAGAGAUCAACCUGCAGAGGACCAUCCUAGUUUAGCAACUGGGGCAAACGACGGCUUUUGGGAGCAAUUUCUUACUGAGCAGCCUGGUUCCAAUGUGCAUCAGGAGGUCCAAUCAGAAAGGCGAGAUGGAGACAGUAAAGAUGAUCAGACGAGAACAGGAGAUCGGGAAAACUUAUGGUGGGGAAAGAAGAAUGUGGAACAGAUGACAGAAAAGCUGGGGCAUCUCACCUCGGCGGAGAAAACCUAACUGUUCGUAUUUCUUGUAGCUGAAAACAGUUAGCACAGAAACACAUAGAACCUUGGGACCUCUGACUUGUACUUCAUAGUGUAUCAUAUCUUGGCCUACUGCAGUGCGAUAUGUCUGACUGACAUCGACUUUGUAGAGUAACAUACCUUUUUCCCUUGUACUUUGCCCAUGUUUAGAGUGAUGCAGAGAUUAGUUGCUAUACUUUUGUGAGGUAUGUUGUGUUCAUACCUGGUCACUUGACACUUCCUGAUAUUGUUGUCCACAACUUCUAUGAUUUCUCAGGUUGGGGUCAUGGUUAUAUUGAUGGAUGAUAAUAAUCACUUUGAUGUUGAAUUCUAUAUAUAGACUGCAUAACUAAUUUA